CAGCACCCCGUCACCAUGUUCGGCUCAUCCCGAGGAGUCCGGGGGGGGCAGGACCAGUUCAGCUGGGAAGAUGUCAAGACAGACAAACAGCGCGAGAACUACCUGGGAAACUCUCUGAUGGCACCGGUGGGACGCUGGCAGAAGGGCAAGGACCUGACGUGGUACGCCAAGGGCAAGCAGGAGCCCGCCCCGCUGUCCCGUGAGGAGGAGCUGGCAGCCGUGCGCCUGGCUGAGCAGGAGGCCAUGAUGGCAGCGCUGGGCUACAAGAACGUGAAGAGGCAGCCCACAGGCCUCAGCAAGGAGGACCUGGCUGAGGUGUGCAAACGGGACAGCGCAGAGCGAGCCGAGGAUGUGGAUCGGGUGGUGGGCUUGGGCAGCUCCAGCGGCAGCGCCGGGCGGGUGAUGCUCUCCAAGGAGGACAAGGAGGCAGCCAAGAUGGGGCUCUCUGUCUUCACGCAUCAGAAGGUGUGCAGCAGUCCCGAGGCAUCUGGCUCCAAGAGGAAGCAGGACAAGGAGGAGAAGGCAGAGGAGAAGCGGACGGAGAGCAGCAAGAAAUCCAAAAAGGAGAAGAAGAAAAAGAAAAAGAAGAAACACAAGAAGGAGAAGAAGAAAGACAAGCACCACAAGCGGGACACCACCCCAUCAUCCUCCGCCUCCUCUCCCGACCGGGACGAGAGACGCCACCGGAGUAAAGCUCAGGACCGCCCUGCAUCCCACGGCGGCCGUCAGGAGGCAUCGCGGCACCGGCACCGCCGUGACACGGACUCCUCCCACAGCAGCGGAGCCUCGGGCAGGAGCCCCUCCUCCCGCCGCCGGAGGGCACGGAGCCGCAGCAGGAACGGCCAGCGGCACCCAUCCCCGCGGCACAAGGGCAGGAGGAGGAGCAGGAGCCGAUCUCCUCGAUCCCACAGGGUCAGACAGCGUCACGAUACGGAUUCGGGUGACUGAGGGGUUUUCCUGGAAGGGAUGUUCCAUAGGUUAUAUAUUUUUUAAGGUUAUUAUCUAAAUUAAAGUCACAGCUUUACAACUGCC